CGCUAUGAAACCGGAUGUAGCAGUAUACACAUGAUAGCAGCUAACAAUCGACUUCCGGUAAAUAUCCUUCCCCCGUCAUCGAAAAAGUUCCUUAAAAAACAUUAAUAGCUGUUGCUAAAUGCCGCACAAAAUGACAACGAUUUGUCGGGCGAACAUUCCGAAUUGAUAAAAGUACAACGCCAAUUGCAAACCUAGUUAGUUACCGGUAUAGAAAUGCUUCAUAUUUCAGACAUCAAACAAAACACAUCGAGCUUGUUUCCCCAUAUCCCUCCGCCUCUCUUCGACUCAGCCAUCCGCCAUCUUGCGGAAUCUCUGAAAGAUUUUUCCCAUGGAAUAAAUAUUGCAAUAAAAUUAUAUAUGGAAUAAUAUUGGAACGGAAUUGCCGGAAUAUAUGGAACAAUAUUGGUUGUGAGAAGUAGGCGCACAUGUUUGUUAUGAUACCCGGCCUCCGUCUGUUCUGAUCUGGAAUGUGUGAAGUUGGAGAUCCUCUCCAGCUCCAAGAAUAAUGUCUGUACUGAAGUUACCAUAUGAUGGCUAUGAAGAAGACGUUUCAAAAGAAAGCAAUGAUUUGACAGUGGACUCUGGACAUAAUUCAGAACCUGGAUUCAAUUCUGAAAGUAGACAGGAAUUGACAACUCAAGCCAUGCUUCAGAAAGAUGAGAGCCAACUGGGACCUGACAUGCAGGAUUCUCAUGACCAGAAGAAGAAACCUGGUUGGACUAAAGGUAAAAAAAGGAAAGCAACAAUGAAAGAUAAAAAUGCUCCAAAGCAGCCCUUAACUGGUUAUGUACGUUUUUUGAAUGAGCGACGAGAAAAGUUGCGCCAGGAGAAUCCAAAUCUCUCGUUUUCUGAAAUAACCAGACAGCUUGGUGGUGAAUGGUCUAAACUGGCACCACGAGAAAAACAGCGAUACCUUGACGAUGCAGAGAAGGACAAAGAACGAUAUUUACGAGAUAUGGAAGCUUACCAAAAGACAGAUGCAUAUAAAUUAUUUAAACUCCAAAAGGAAAAAAAAUUAAAAAGUGAUAUAAGAGAAGAUUAUGAUGGUCAAAAUGGUUCUGCUCUACAGCCUGAAAAGGAUGAAGAGGAUUAUGGAACGUUUGAUAUUCCUAUUUUUACUGAAGAAUUUCUGGAUCAUAAUAAAACACGUGAACAAGAAUUACGGCAGCUACGGAAGCAGACCACCGAACUAGAAGAACAAAAUGCUAUUCUAAGUAAACAUAUCGAAAACAUGAAACAUGCUAUAGAGAAACUUGAAUUGGAAGCUGUACAACAAAGAAACCACAAUAUGGCUCUCCAGUGUCACUUAAAUACACUUCGUACAAUUUUGACAACUAACUUUGCAAAUGUGCGAUUGCCAGGAACCAACGAAGUACCCACACUAGAAACUAUUGAUUCUUAUAUGGCGAAAUUGCAUUGCAUCAUUCUGGAAGCUCCUCAAGAAAAUGAAAGCCUCAUUGUUACAGUAAGGGAAAUUGUUGGAAGACUAAAUGUUGACGGAUUUCAAGACUUCAUUUGUUAUACAAGAGAUAAAUUAUGAUAUCAGGUGGUUAGAAACGUCAACCCGUGUUGGUCAAGACACUUCCUCUGUUCGUCAGCCUGAACUGGAAUCUUACACAGCUACUGGAACGAAGCGCUCAAAGACUCUCCGUUUCCUCCAAUCCUCAGUGACACAUCUAACAUACAUUCACCAGCAAUUCUCCAACUUUUUCAUUGUUAUUUUCAAGUGACUCAUAAAACAAAUUGUACGUGAAAAAUGAAUUUUUCAGAAAGUAAGCCUGAGACGAUGGCCUCUGACUGCUUUCCAGUUUUUUUUUUUUUUUUGUCCUUUGCUUAAUGACAAAGUCACUUUGUCAUCUGACACCAAUUCCAGCUGUUUUGUAUAACU